UUUGACAUGAAAAUUAAUCAGUAGAAGUAGUUGCUGUGAAUAAGGAAGCGAAGAUGAUUCGCGAUUAUAUAAUUCUGUUGUCGUGGCUCUGCACCGUAAGCGGUAAAGAAGGAUAUUUUUGGCAUAUCAGUGACAUACACUAUGAUCCAAGCUAUUCUAUUCAGGGUAAUGGUAAUGGACGAUGUUGGAACACAAAAAACAGUGCUGAUAUUGGCCACACGAGGUUAAACGACAAGAUGCCAAGUGCCGGUAUUUACGGACACUAUAACUGUGAUUCAUCUUGGCUUCUUAUUGAAUCGGCAGCGAAAGUCAUGAAGGCGAAUCCUGCUGAUGGCAUAGAAUUCGUUCUGUGGACUGGUGACGCUUUAUCACGACACGAAAGCAUAACAGAGGAAUAUCGACUACAGUACCUGAAAAAUAUUACCGAUCUUCUGUCGCACACUUUCACGGGCCAAUUUGUAUUUCCGGUGUUGGGUCACGAAGAUAUCGGUUUAAACUAUUCGCAGAUCGCUAAUCUUUGGAGUAACUGGUUACCUGAUGAAGCGCUCGUUACUUUUAGAGAAAACGGCUACUACACGAUCGAGCAGCGCUCCAAAAAUUAUCAGAUUAUAUCCCUGAAUACGAAUCUGUGGCUCGCCGCAAACACGGGCAUUGACAAUCGUAUGCCCAGUCAACGUGCGGUUGGCAGUAGUGCAAGUGUCACCCUGGCUGCAGCAUCACCGGUCAUAAGCGACGCUGAUCCGGCCAAUCAGUGGCACUGGUUCGGCUCGACACUCAACAAGGCCCGAAAAAAAGGAAAGAUCUCGCGAUAA